AUGGGCAAUCGUCGUAUCUCCCCCGAUGUCAAAGUAGCUGCGAUCAGGCUUCAACAAGAACGCUUGUUGGACCUUGAAGACAUCUUGCGCUGCUUGGACCUGUCUCGAAGCACGUUCUUUCGUGCCCUCAAGCUCUGGCGCGAUACAGGAGAUGUUGUCGGCCUCAGGUCAAUCCAUCGUGGUCGUCCUCGCAAUCUCAAUCGAGAAGAUCACGAGUAUCUCCUUGACAUCAUCAAAGCCCAGCCCGAACGAUUCCUCGAUGAGCUACAGUCCCUUCUCAUGCACAACAGAUUCAUCUCUGUUCAUUUCACGACUAUCUUCCGCGAGCUUGUACGUGCUGGUGUAACCAACAAGAAACUCAAACGGAUUGCCAAGGAGCGAAGCGAGUAUGCGCGAGGAGACUUUAUUUCAAGGAUUUCUCAGUAUGAUCCCCGCUCUAUUGGCUUCAUUGACGAAACUUCCAAGGAUGAGCGAACCAUCUGCCGCCGACAUGGCUGUUUUCGUAUAUCUGCGGGAACAGUUGUCGAGGGUUCCAUGAACCGCGACAUGUUCCUGGACUUUCUAGAGAAUGGGGUGGUGAGUUUAUCCUAUAAUCCAAGCUUGAUCUCGGAAUUGAUUAGUGUUUGUAAAGCUUUCUCAGUGUACGCGGCAUCCAGACCCCGGUCUCAAUGUUCUUGUGCUCGAUAA